AUGCCACAACCGCAACGAGCACCCGCAGAAACCCCGCCCUUGUCCUUCCUCGUCCCCCUCCUCCCCCUCAUCCUCAGCGCAGACCCGAUCAACCUCCCGCGCACUCUGCUCGCUCAGUCGGCGCAACAGGCCGCGCAUUACCUUGGAUUGACGGCGGAGGACGACGAGUAUUGGACGCUCGGAAGGAAGGACGAGGAGGUGAGCCGGUUGAGGAGGGAAGUUGUCGAAGCCGGUUCGCUCGACGACCUCACCCCCUCCGCCCCGCUCUUCUCCCAUGACCUCGAAGAACUGCGCUGCCUCAUCCCUCUCUCGCUCCCACACUCUCCCUCCUCCUCUUCUUCCGCCGCGCUAGGCGUCGUACUGGUCUGGGAAGGCGCUGUCUCCCCUCUCUCCGCCGCUCAGGGUGGCGCACCACAGCCAGCGGACGAGGAAGAAGAAGACGACGUCCGACCAGGAUGGACCUUCCUCGAACUCCAAGCUCUUCCCUCACCCUUUACCCACUCCGCCAGACAAUCGUGGUACCCCUCGCUGGAUGAAGCACUUGCCGCCUCUACCGCAGGACUCGUACAAGCGCUGGGUAUUGCAAGUAGUGGAGGAGGUGUAGAUGUAAAGGGUGGGAAGCAGAGUGCGAGGGGAGAGGAGAAGGAGAAGUUGAUGGCUUCUAUGGCGGGGUACGAAUCUAACGCGGCGAGUUUGCGAAGAGCCGCGGCUGAGGAGGAGGACGAGGAGGAGGGAGAAGAGCGGAAUGGAGGAGCGAUUGCGAGCGCGGAGCACUUUUGGGCUGGGUGGGACGAGGAGGAGGGAGAAGAGCAAGACGGAGCGAAGACGCCUAAUGGACGGGAAGCGGAAGGAGAGACGGAGGAAGACGAGGAGAAGGGGUACUGGGAUUCGUACAGCGGGGUUGGGAGCCAAGUCGGCGAGGAAGACAACGACCCCCGGCUCGAGCGAUUAGGAGAGGACGACUCGACGCCACCUACACCUCUCGCUCCUCACAACCCGCAACCCUCAUUCCACUUCACCCGCGACUCGGCCUCUUCCCUCCCCUCCUCCUCCUCCUCCACCUCUGACCCCGCUGCGGACGCACGACCACUCUACUUCUCCACCACCCUCCCCCCUCUCCCAGACUCACAUUUCGGGAUCUCCCCUACCCAACCCAACCCGGAAAUCUCGCGGUUCUCGGCGACCGAUACGGCUGCUUCUGUGCGGAGCGGAGGGUCGCAUUACGAUUUCCUUAUUGAGCUCAGUGAGGACGGCGAGGAGGAGGAGGAGUUUACGCCGAGGAGAUUGGACGUCGGACCCGCUCGAUCUGCCUCACUCGCUCAAGUCGUCCUUCCUCCCCUCUCAACCGCCCAGUCGCAAAGCCAGUCUCGUCCCUCCCCAACACGCUCACGCCCCAAGGUCCACGCCCGCACUCCCUCAGAUAUCCUCAAAGCCCUCCCCUCAGUCCCCGCUUUCCCAGUCGUCUCACGCCCACGACCCGCUUCGAAUGCGAUUGCGAACGGGAUCGGGGUGGCCACGACGCAGGUGCUGGAGGGGUCGGUGUAUGUGAACGCCCCCGGAGGAGGAGGGGGAGGGGGCACGAGUCCGCCGAGGGGGACUUUCCCGGUGCAGACGGCGCAGAGGAGUCCGACGUCGCCUGCGCGAACGCCUACGAGUGCUUCGUAUCCUUCGACCUCAGCAUCGAGUCCGACUUCGGCGCCGAGAAGUCCGGCAAAAGCACUCCCACCAGCUCCUGCACCUCGGACUCCAACACGCACCGUCUCACACUCUCACUCUUUCGCCUCGCCCUCGUCCUCGCUGAGUAAGAGACCGCACACUCAGCGCUCGCAAAGUAGCUCGGGCGUGCCGAGGACGCCGAAGGCUGUAUCGAAUGGCGCUGCAGGAGGAGCUGGAGAGGGGCUGAGAUCUCCCGUGAGGAACGGGGGGUUCUGGGCUCCUCCAGCCGCUUCGAAUUCUUCAGCCUCCUCAAGCCCAAGCUCAUCAGGCUCGUCGGCAAACACAAUUGCCAUCGCCCCUCCUCCUCCCCAGACCCUUUCAUCUGCGCCCGUCCAGCGACAAGGCUCGCAAACUACCCCUCUCCCCUCGCUCGCUGUCUUUCCCUCCAGCUCUAUCGCGCCUUCGUUUGCCCUCCCCUCUCCGCCGGAAAGGCAUAGGAGGAGUGUGGAUAGUACGGCGACGGGGUUGACGGGGAUGCUGGAGGAGCUUGUGAGGGGGACGAUGGGGGAUCCUCAGGGCGUGUUGGAGGAGAGGGAGGAGGGAGAGUGGGGAGAGAAGGAGGUUGAGCGGGAGGAGGAAAGAGUGGGCGAGGAGGAGGAGGAGGAGGAGGCGUUGAAGGCGGCGCUGAGCGGGUUGUGGAGGAUGUACUCGCGGGCGGGGCAGCGGCGAGACGUGGCAGGGCUCGACAAGCGACGGAUACGGUUCGAGACGGUCGUCAGGGAGGUAAUUGGCGAGUGA